AUGAAUGAUCUCAUUUUGGAGCGCUAUUACAAAUUUUUAGACCAACAAAAAAGCCCCAAAAACAUUGAUGCGAAGACUAAAGAGGAGAUAGAAAAACUGGACGAGCUAAUGGCAAUCCAACUACUGAAAUCCGAUUUACGUGGGCCAGUAACUCGUCGAAAAACUCCCGCCAAAACAGCAUCAAAGGUUGUGAAAAAGAAAGUCAAAAGAACACCUAAUACAGCUUUCAAUGCGGAACACACGCUUUCACCACAGCUCCAACUGGUUCUAGGAGGUUCUCGUAUGAGUAGACCACAGGUGGUCAAGCAAUUAUGGGUAUACAUCAAAGCAAACGGUCUUCAGGACCCGGCAGACAAGCGGAAAGUGAAGUGUGAUGAAAAAUUGCAAGCGGUAUUUAAGAAACUGACAGUCGGUAUGUUUGAGAUGAAUAAGCUUUUAGGAAAGCAUCUAUUUAAGGACGACGAAAUAGUAGGAAAACGGAAUGAUUACGUGGUUUCGCUGGAAAGUGAGGACAUAAGUGAUAGAGAGCAGGGGAGUGAGAAGGACAGAAAAAGUGAGAAGGAGAUUGAAAGUGACGAAGAUGAAAUGAGUGAAGUGGAAGACUGA